AUGGUAGAUGUGGGCUCUCCUCAUUGCCUCAUCUGGGUGCUGGUCUUGCAGGUGUGGAAGAGUUUGGAGUUCUGCCGUGUGUUUAAGGGCAGUAGCACCAUGCAAAGGAUCGUGAAAUGUUUGCUUCACGUAGAGCAAGUGAAAUUACUGGAUAGGUUCAGCACGAGCAAUAAGUCACUGACGGGAACUCUGUACCUUACAGCAACUCAUCUGUUAUUCAUAGAUUCAAGCCAGAGAGAAACAUGGAUAUUACAUCAUCACAUUGCUGCAGUGGAAAAACUUCCCUUGACUACCUCUGGCUGCCCACUUGUCAUCCAGUGCAAAAACUUCAGGAUAGUUCAUUUUGUUGUUCCCAGAGAGAGAGAUUGUCAUGACAUUUAUAACUCUUUGCUUCAGCUAUCAAGAACAGCAAAAUACGAAGAACUGUAUGCCUUCUCCUAUAAUCCAAAACAAAAUGAAUCCGAGCAAGUCAAGGGUUGGCAGCUUAUUGAUCUGACAGAAGAAUAUAAAAGAAUGGGAGUGCCAAAUGCUAACUGGCAGUUGUCUGAUGCAAAUCGUGAUUAUAAGAUUUGUGAAACUUAUCCUAGAGAGCUUUAUGUUCCCAGAACUGCAAGCAAGCCCAUAAUUGUUGGUAGCUCCAAGUUCAGAAGCAAAGGAAGAUUCCCAGUGUUGUCGUAUUAUCAUAAAAAUAAAGAGGCUGCAAUUUGCAGAUGCAGUCAACCUCUCUCAGGUUUCAGUGCCAGGUGCCUGGAAGAUGAACACAUGUUGCAAGCCAUCAGUAAAGCAAAUCCUUCAAAUCGCUACAUGUAUGUCAUGGACACCAGGCCAAAGCUUAAUGCGAUGGCAAACAGAGCUGCUGGGAAGGGCUAUGAAAAUGAAGACAACUACUCUAACAUUAGGUUCCAGUUUGUUGGCAUUGAAAAUAUUCAUGUGAUGAGAUCCAGCUUACAAAAACUUCUGGAAGUCAGUGGCACGAAGGGUUUGUCUGUCAAUGACUUUUUGUCUGGUUUGGAGAAUUCUGGAUGGCUGCGUCACAUCAAAGCUGUGCUGGAUGCUGCUGUCUUCCUCGUCAAGGCAAUAGCAGUUGAGAGUGCAAGUGUAUUAGUGCACUGCUCAGAUGGCUGGGAUAGGACUUCCCAAGUUUGUUCUCUUGGAGCUCUCUUACUAGAUUCCUAUUAUAGAACAAUCAAAGGAUUCAUGGUCUUGAUAGAGAAAGACUGGAUCUCUUUUGGGCACAAGUUCUCUGACAGGUGUUGUCAGUUGGAUGGUGAUCCAAAAGAGAUCUCACCAGUCUUCACCCAGUUUUUAGAAAGUGUGUGGAAUUUGACUGAGCAGUUUCCACAAGCCUUUGAGUACAAUGAAGCUUUCCUUCUUCAGAUUCAUGAACACGUCCAUUCCUGCCAGUUUGGUAACUUCCUUGGAAACUGCCAAAAAGAGCGAGAAGAGCUAAAAUUAAAAGAGAAGACAUAUUCCUUGUGGCCGUUCCUUCUGGAUGAACAAAAAAAAUACCGAAAUCCUCUGUAUAAUCCAGACUUUUUGCCAGAACUGGCUGUUUUGGAGCCUAAUACAAUAUCAUUCAAUUUUAAGUUUUGGAGAAAUAUGUACCAUCAGUUUGAUCGAAGUAUGCAUCCUAGGCAAUCUGUGCUCAAUCUUAUAAUGAACAUGAGUGAACAAAAUAAACAACUGGAGGAAGACAUUAAAGAACUGGAAGCUAAAAUAAAGCGGAGAAGUGGGCAGUCAGGUGCAGUCCUGGUGAAGGAACAUCAGCAGUCUGUUCACCCUGCACCCGUGGCGCUGAAGACCCCUCCGUGCUUCAAGAAGGAGCAGCACCUGAUCCCUGCGACUGAUGCUGUAAGAACUGUAGAGGGCAGCAACGCAGCAGACAAUCGCUACAGCGAAUUUGUGGAAGAGCUCUCCAAAGCUGAGCCUGCUGUUGUCAGCUUGGAGUACGGAGUGGCCAGGAUGACCUGCUGA